AUGUGCACCAGCGCACACGUGCGCAACGCCUUACACUGGAACUUGAAGAAAGAAAUAAAAGAAAUUACUCACUUGAGCGAUGAAGAAAUAGCAGUGAUUCACAAACGAUUUAAUUCCAUUAGCAACAAAGGCAAGUUGGACUACAAGAAUUUUGAAAAGAGCUUAGGUAUCCUGGGGACCAUAAAGAAUGCUUACCUGUACAGUUCCAUAUUUAAAGCUUUUGACACCAACGACGAUGGGUACCUCGACUUUUAUGAGUUUUGUGUUGCCAUCAACACCAUGUUGAAGGGGAGUAAGCGGGAGAAGUUGAAGCUGUCCUACCGUAUCGUGCACGCGGGGGGUACAGGGGGCGCAGCCAGUCAUGACGAGGCGGAUGGGGAGGAAGCUGGUGCAGCAGUUGAUGGUGCAGCAGCUGAUGGGCACGCCGACGGGCAGGAAGAUGAUCGGCAGGAAGAUGGUGCAGCAGCUGAUGCAGCGGCAGGACAGGCCGCCCCAGUGAUUAGGGACUACUCGGACUACAUCUCGUACGAGCAAUUCAAGGACAUCGUCCUGAGUAUAAAUGACAUUAAGAAGCAGCUGCUUGGGACGGAGGAAAAAAUUCUGGUCAGUCAAAUAAAAUAUACAUUCAAAUCCCUGAGCAUGCUGUGCUCCGAUGGUAAGUACCGGAUGAACCUCAAGUGUUACCGCAAGGCAGUCAAGUGUAAUGAGUUUUUAAAGCUGCUUGGAAUCCACAACAAAGUCGCUGAUGCCUUUAUAAGUCGCGAAAUUGAGACAAGGAAAAAAAACAAAUUUGAAAAAAGCGGAAUGGAUAACCACAAUAAUGCGUUUGGGGGUGAGUUUUCUCGUCGAAUGGGUUCUAAUCACCGAGUGAAAUCUUUUUCCGUGUCUACCAACACCCGGCUUAACGUGGGCAAGGGCUCCGCUGCGUCCCUCUUCACUCGGGGCCGGAAGAAGAAAAGCGGCGGCGAUGGUAACAGCGGCGAUACGAGCGGCGACAAGAAUAAAAGCUGUGAGCCUCUAGAGAGUAUUGUCAUUCAGUCAAGCGCGGCAGCGGAAGAGGGAGCAGGAUCAACAAAGACCAAACGCGGUGGCCUAUUCCAGUUGACCGUCCUUAAGUCAGGUAAAGAGUUAAGCGGAAAGAGUACUUAUUUGAAUGUGCCUCGUAGUGGUGAUGGGUCUAGAAGGAGUCGAUCUUGUGUCACCCCUGGCAUGGGCACUUCACAAACAUCCCGCCGGAUGGAUCCAAUGGAAGGCACGGACUGCGAUGAAGAGGAAUGUACAAAAAAAGGCAGCAAUAACGACCUUAACAAGGAGAAAAAAAGAAAUAAAGCAAUAAAAGGACAUGUACAGAAAGGGGGGGGAAAUGCUUCAAAUAACUCCCCUACGAUGAUGAUGACUGAGGGAACCGACACCGCGAAGGGUGGCUUGGAGGAUGGAUCAAGGAAAGCCAGUUGCAGUGAGCAAAAUAACUCAUACCAGCAGUCGUGUCAAUCUUCUAGCUUUUACAAUAGCUUGAUGAUGGUAGAGAGUGGGAGGAGGGACGACAGCCAUGCAAAUUAUGAACCUUCGGAGAGCAGCUCGUACAUAUGGAAUGACCAAUCAGAUGUGGAGAUGGUGAGUCUGUGUAAGGGGUGUCCAUUGGACAGAAGGAACCGAAUUGGUGCCAUGGGGGUUGCAGACGAAGGGGGUAUGUCUAGUGAAACAAGUUCGCCGUCGAGUUUGAUGGCAGGGAGAGGAGCAGUUAGUGGUGAUACCGUCAGGGGAAAGGGGAAGGGGAAGGGGCAGGUUGGUGGGUCUCCCCUUUCUCCUGCAAUCUCCACCCCGUACAAAUGCACAGUGACUCCGGGGAGAGACGGUAAGGAGGGAAAUGAAAAGUGUGGAGUGAUGAUGAAUGGCCUGUUAGAUCAAACUAACAAUGGCACAAAGAAACACGAGUGUGCAAUAAUGAAAGCCAUUUUAAGAUUUGAAAAAAAAAAGGAAAACAAAACAUAUGUGGAGGAGUACAACGAGUAUGUUAAGAGGUAUAGAAAAUUCGCAGAGGAGCAAGAGGAAGGGUAUUUGCUCGAAUUGGACACGUACUCAGAUGGGAAGGAAGAACUGGACAGGGACGUAGAAGGUGGGGGGAAGAAGCAUUCUCAUGUUAACGACCCAGGGGAAAGCAGUGCGUAUGAGGAUAUGGAAGGGGGCGGUACUGCUGGAAGUGCACGCGGUGCGGGUAGUGCAGGAAGUGAAAAGGGAAAUGAUGCUGCUGGUGGGAUAAAUGUGGAGGGUAAAUGUGAAGGUAGUAGGGGUCAUGACAAACACGAUAAGGGGAGCAUCACGGAGAGGUCUCUUAGCGAGGAGGAUGCAGACGUAGCAGUCGCUGGUGCUGCUGCUGAGGCAGCAAUGGAAGGAGGAGAUGCAGGUACACGAGUAGAUAAUGCCAAGUACCUUUGUAAAAAAUAUUUCGAGUACAAAGAAUUUUUAGAACACUCCAGAUGCCCCAUUUCUCACAACCACAAUUGCUUGAUGAUGAGCAGUAACGAUACUUGUGUGAUUAAUUCCCCUUGUUUUGAAGAUCCCUCAUAUGGGAGCCGGGCUAAGGGAGGAGGGAAGUGUGGUGUGAGGGAUGGAAAGAGUCAGCCAAGGGUGUUACUCGAAUUCAGCAAUGAUGUUAUUAAGAAGAAGUUUUAUAUUCCCACGAGCAGAAAUCACUACGUCAUGGUAAAUGAAAAUUUGACCAAAGAGCAAGUGCUCUAUCAUCUAGGCAAUAUCGUGGUGGCUACUGAAGAGUAUUUGAGCAAGGAGCGUAAUGGAGGUGGUGACUACAACUGCAUUUUUUUCUUCUUUUUCCACGUGUUUAAGUAUCACUUGGGGAGUGAUGCCUCCCAGGAGGGGGGGGGCGGCUUCCCUGUGGAGAGUGGUCAGGCGGGUCACGCUCAUCGGGCCGGUCCAUACGUGCAGAGGGAUGAACCGAGCAACGAAUCUCAAAUGAGCAUAAAAAAUUUCAGGGCGAGUAUAUACCACAACGUGUUGCUGAUGACGCAGAUUGUGAGGUACUUCCUGCACACCAUAGCUAUAUCACAAAAGUGUUCGUCUUCGUACGACUCACUGGAGGAUAGCAACAUGUUAGGCAGCAUGAACGAAGUGAGUGUCCUGCUAAGUCACACGAAUCAUCUCCUAUCGACCUAUUCCAAAGGAUCACACAGAACCAGGAAAAUAUACAUUAACAAGUCAAAUUAUUAUCACAGAUUAACAAGGAGAGGAAAAUUAUCUGUCUCGUUAAGACAAAAAAAAAAAAAAAGGAACCUACAGAAAAUUUUGGCUGUGUACUUUGGGCACGAGAGAUGGGACUUGGUGAUGAACAUGAUGAUAGGAAUUCGUUUAUCUGCUAUUAAAGUUUAUAACACGAGUAGCAUUAGUGAUUUGUUUAAACAUAAGGACCUUCUGGAGUUACCAACAUCCAAUGCGCAACAUAGAGUAGUAUUUAUAAACUACGCCCCGGUGAUCUUCAAGCAAAUUAGAAGUUUGUAUGGAAUUCGAUCGAAGGAAUAUAUUUCUUCAGUUGGUCCUGAGCAAGUGAUAAGUAAUAUGGUGUUGGGUAACCUGUCCACGCUGAGCGAGUUACUCUCCGAGGGGAAGAGUGGCUCGCUCUUUUACUUCACCAGCAACGGCAAGUACAUCAUCAAGACGGUGUGCAAGAACAUACACAACCUUUCGAGAGCCCUGCUGCCAAAGUAUUACGAGCACAUUAGAAGUAACCCGGACUCUUUGCUCACCCGCCUCUAUGGAAUCCACUGCAUCAAAUAUAAAAAUGGAUCAGGAAGAAGCUCCAAGAAGAUCUACUUCAUCGUGAUGAACAACUUUUUCUCCUCGGCGGUGGAGAUCCACAGGAGGUACGAUAUCAAGGGCAGCCUGGUGGGUCGCACGGUGCCCCCGGCCAAGAGGGAAGACCACACCAUCGCCCUGAAGGAUGUGGACAUUGAUGAGCUGGGGGACAGGAUCAAUGUCGGAGAAAAGAACAAGGAAAGGUUGCUGAAAGUGAUAAAGGCAGAUGCAGAAUUUUUAAAAGAACAUUACUUGCUGGAUUACUCCCUUCUGUUCGGGAUCCAUUACAAAGACUUGUCUAGGGACUUGGUCAACUGGAAUGCGAGUCGCACUAAUGAGGUUCGCCAUGUGCUAGACAACGAGGGGAAAUGCAUCGCGGCCCGCCCUUUUCACCAGUGUGACCACGGAGGCAUGAUCAGCAUGGACAAGAACAAAAUAUUCUUCUUCGGUAUUAUUGACAUUUUUACCCAGUGGACUCUGAAGAAAAAAUUCGAGCACACCCUGCGGACAAUACAAAAGUUUGACCGCAAGAAUAUUUCCUGUAUCCACCCCAACGCCUAUGCAGAGCGAUUCGCGUCCUUUAUUGAGAAGCACAUGGAGUAG